AUGGCGAAGCGAGUGUUCGAAGUCUGGAAAGGAAGUAACAAGUUCAUCCUUGGAGGAAGAUUUAUAUUUGGACCAGAUGCUAGAUCACUGAUCUUCACCUUAUCACUCAUCAUUGUUCCAAUUGUGAUAUUUUGUGUAUUUGUCGCAAGGCAUCUGCGUCAUGAAUUUUCACCCUACAAUGCUGGCUAUGCCAUUCUAGUGAUUGCAAUUGUCUUUACCAUCUAUGUUUUGAUUCUUCUGCUUCUGACAUCUGCACGGGACCCUGGUAUUCUCCCCCGUAAUUUGCAUCCACCAGAAGAGGAGUUCCGUUAUGAUUCUUCUGCAUCAGUUGAGGUUGGUGGCAGACAAACACCGGGCCUUCAGUUUCCUAGGACGAAAGAAGUGAUGGUCAACGGGAUUCCUGUUCGAGUCAAAUACUGUGAUACCUGUAUGCUUUAUCGCCCUCCCCGCUGUUCUCACUGUUCCAUCUGUAACAAUUGUGUGGAACGAUUUGACCAUCAUUGCCCUUGGGUGGGCCAAUGCAUAGGACUGCGCAACUACCGUUACUUCUUCAUGUUUGUUUCUUCUGCAACACUUCUGUGCAUCUAUGUGUUCUCCAUAUCGGCCAUCUACAUUAAGGUCUUGAUGGAUGAUAACCGUGCUCCAGUUUGGAGGGCAAUAAAGGACUCUCCUGCAUCAUUCAUACUAAUGAUCUACUGUUUCAUCGCUCUAUGGUUUGUCGGAGGUCUAACAGGUUUCCACUUAUAUCUCAUAGGGACGAAUCAGACAACCUAUGAAAACUUCCGUUACCGGGCAGACAACAGGAUCAACGUCUACAACCUGGGUUGUGUCAACAACUUCAUGGAAGUAUUUUGCACCAAGGUCAAGCCAUCAAAGAACAACUUCCGUGCUCUGGCACAAGAGGAAGAACCACCACCGAGGCCUGUGGGGCGGCCCACUGUCCGUGAAGAAACCGGAGGAGAAGAAGACUCAGGUGGGGGGAACCCACGUCCCAAGGUCCAGAACGAUCUUGAGAUUGGUGAGGACUUGCUGAAAAUCUCUCAGCGUCGUAACGUAGAAGAGAUGGAUGAUGAAAUACGCAGCAGAGGGAGCAACGGUGGGGCUCCACACAACACGUCAGAUGUGGAGUCCGUAUUAAGCCCUGAUCAUCAUCGAGCGGCCACAGUUAGAGACGAGAGAAGACAUUCCAGCUGGGGGAGGAGAAGUGACAGCUGGGAAAUUGCACCGGAGGUUCUGGCCAACUCAACGGUGACAGAGAGCAGAAGCUUGAGCUCAUUGAAGGAAACGCGACAAUGA